AUGGACAUCGCCGUCACCUCCCAUCUCUACAAGCACCAUGUUCUGACUCCCAACCGCCCCCAAUGGGCGAUAAUUAAAGCCGCGCCAAAUUCGAAGUCUGAGACCUCAAGUCGCAAAGCCACCGAGAACUUGACGAGAUUACGGCAGUCAGCUAAGAAUUCAGCAAUCCACCACCCAAGCCCACUGACCAUCGAGCAACUAGACGUCGCCCAAGCCCCCGAAGGCGAUCUCUUCCUUGUCGUAGGUGAACUGCUGUACUCUCCGGACAGUAGCGAAAAAGCGCCCAAGCCGAAGCAAGGCACCUCGGACAGUAACGGCGGUAAACAAGAAGGAGAGGUGGAGGAGGAGGAGGAGGAGCCAAACGUGCGGGCGUCUCAUCUUGUCUGCACCAAAGCCCGCGCUGAGAGAUGCAAUCUGUUUGCUCUGGUCUCGGACAGGGAGGGAAAAUCAUGGACUUUCCUCAGCCUUCCCCAAACCGUGAAUGAUUGGGUGGCUUAUUACCAAGAGUUUACUGGUUACCCGGUCGAGGUGCAAGAGAGCCAGCAUAAGAAAAGGCGGGCAGCGUGGAAGCAACGGAUAACUGCUUUUUGCGCUCCUCUUCUGGGCACCGACAACUGUCAAGGUGGAGACAAGACUUCAGCCGUUCGAGUCACUAAGGAGCUUCAGGUGUUGAGGACGUCGGCGGAGGUUGGGCAGAAUUCUUCCUAUGCCGAGCACAUUGAGCAGUCGAGGGCUUUCCAGUUGACCAUGCGUCUGCUCUACCCGGAUGACCCAAAUGACGGGCUUGACGAAUAUGAGGUUGAGGAGAUCGCAGGAACUUGCCAGAUUACCAAGCAGCAUAUCCGCGAAAUCAGCCAUUGUGUUUGGAUAGGUCUCCUGGCCAACAAACCAGCGUUGUCGCCGUUCAAGCACCAAGCCUUCAUCUUCAACUGCUCGAUUUUGGCCAGGAACGCGGCAAAACGUAACAUGGCCGUAGUCUGGGACAACAUCAUUGAAGACGCUUUCGAUAUGGCUUGGAAUACCACGUGCCCUCAGCUGUCCGAUCGAGGUGCCUGGAGUUCGCAGGCAAUUGUGAUCGAUGAUUGA